GACGACUCCUUGCCUCUGGAGUACCGGCGUUGCAUCGUUUCACCCUCUCGCUCCCCCUUCUCUUUCCCCAACACGCCCAUCGACAUUCUUUCAGAAACGGCAAAGGACCUUACGAGUCCGGACGUACUAGUUGUUCACUAUUGAGACGCCCGCAAAGUCGCAUUGACCUCUGAGUCUAGAUCGGAAACGACAGAAAGGAGAAAACCCACAGCGCAAACGGAGACGCGCCUCGGCUUGGGACUCGAGAGGCAGGACGAAGAGACGGCACUCAGGAAAGCAACGAACGCUAGGCUCUGAGGAGAGAGGGACAAAAGGAAGGCGCGAUGUUGUACCGUUUCACUUCGAUUCUGGUCGUCGCUGCGGCGCUGUGCAUCCUGCUAUUGACGGCCCAACCGGGCGCGGCGCAGAACGCGACACCGGCGCCGUCGAGCAACAGCAAUAACAGCAGCAACCGAUCGUCCUCGACGAGCGGCAAUGCGACUAUGAGCGGAAAUGUGACAGUGAGCGGCAAUUCAACAGCCAGUGGCAACCAAACUUCGUCGAGCACGCCGACGACCUUCCCAACAGCUACAAUCCCUUCGACAGGCGGUUUCGCAGGCACGCAGGUCGCGCCUGGUCCUGUGGCGACGGGAAGCGGGGGCAAAGCGCUUGGACCCGACGACAACUACAUCGCUGGCGCCGUGGCAAGAUAUGGCGGCGGUGCUCGAGGCCUCGUCUCGCUUGCGCUGGGCGUUGGCACCCUCUUUGUCGCGGGCUACCUCGUCUUGUAGCCAGCCUCCUUCGAGAGACGCAUCACAACCUUGCACAUCCUCAUGGACAUUUCUCCUACCUUGUUCCUCACGCCCCGAAGUCAACCCUCUUCUUCCCUUCCCUUCUCCCCCCUCUGGCGCUAUCUCUGAACCCGACCCUGUAUUAUGUAUCCAAGCCAUGAAAUCGUGUCUCAUCUUACAAUAGCCAUCUUUCACACUGCCACCAGCUUUUCUCGGACUUCGGACGCUUGUGGCAAUAUCAGUCGAAUG